AUGUCAAGAAGUUUAAAUGAUGAUGACAAACCUCUAAUUCCACUCCUUUAGGCAACAGGUUAAAAGAAACAAGAAAAGCUAGCAUAUGAAAGAUAAAUGGCUAAAAUAACUUUAUUGAAAUAGACGGAGUAGAAAAAUUUGCAUCUAGCUAAGUUAUAUGAGAUGGCAGCAGACAAAAUUGAGAAUGGAAUCUUGGUGAAGAAGCAAUUGUAGGAAUUGACAGAGGAGGCGAAUUAAAUAAAGGAUGAGAAAAUGAAAAGAAGGAAGUAGCAGAUUGAAUCAAUAAAAAAAUGUGAAGAAGACUUCAUUAAAAAGAGACUGACAGCACAAAAAUUAGGGUAAGAUAAAGUGUGUGAUUUUAGAGAUUCGAUGAAGCAAUCUUAAGUGAAAGAAUACAAGAGUACAAUGAAAAUGACUUUAAGUAGAACUCGAGAUUGCAUACUUCAGGAGAACCAAAAGAUUAGGGAGGCAUUGUAUUAGGAGGAGAAGGAGAGGAAGAAGAAGAAGGAGGAAACUAAGAAAUUGGAUGAGAUGAAAUCGUAAUAAUUUUAUAAGGAGAGAGUUUCUUAUGAGAGAUUAAUUGAGGAGAAACUAAAAAAGUCAAGGGAAAAGUUGUUUAAGGAUGAGGAGACAUUGAAAGCGCGUUUGAAGGUAUGA